AUGUCUUCAGGUGUGGCCAUAAGUCCAAUUCAAACUGAACCCGUUCUUUCCCCUAAGUUCAUGAGCUGGCCACUAGUUCCAUGCCCUGAUGAGUCGAUUUUGAUAUAUCUCUCUGUUUCGGGGUCUGUGAUGCCUAUGCGGGUUCUAGAGUCUGAUUCUAUUGAAUCUGUGAAGUUACGGAUUCAAUCUUAUAAGGGUUUUGUUGUAAAGAACCAAAAAUUGGUGUGUGGAGGCCGCGAGCUUGCGCGGAGCAAUUCUCUUGUCCGUGAUUAUGGGGUCACGGAUGGGAAUGUUCUGCAUUUAGUUCUUAGGCUUUCGGAUCUUCAGGUUAUAAAAGUUAGGAGCACAAGUGGGAAAGAGUUCACGUUUUAUGUGGAGCGAGGGAGGGAUGUUGGGUAUGUGAAGCAACAGGUUGCAAAGAAAGAGAAGGAAUUUGAUGAUCUGGAUGAGCAAGAGGUUGUUUGUGAGGGGGAGCCCCUUGAGGAUCAGAGGCUAAUUGAUGAUGUAUGUAGAUAUAAUAAUCAUAAUGAUGCUGCAAUUCAUUUGUUAGUGAGGAAAUCGUCAAAAGUUAGGGCUAGGCCUGUGGAGAAGAAUUUUGAAUUGGAUAUCGUGGCGCCGAGAUUGAAUGAGGGAGAGAAUGUUAGGAGACAAUAUGAUGCUAGUGAAGAGAAUGAUAGGAGAGGUGAUGAAGUUGAUAGAGAGAUUGUACCGAGAAAGCCUCCUGAUAGGGAUUUUUUGUUGGAGCCAAUUAUUGUUAAUCCCAAAAUUGAAUUUCCGUCUCUGAUCUGGGAUAUGGUUAAUGCUACCAUUGAUGGAUUGGAUGCUGGAUUUGAUCCGAUCAGGUCUAUGGAGGGUACAGGAGGGGCUUAUUUCAUGCAGGAUUCACAUGGAGAGAAGUUUGUUUCUGUUUUUAAGCCGAUUGAUGAGGAACCUAUGGCUGUGAACAACCCUCAAGGGCUGCCAUUGUCUUUGGAUGGUGAAGGCUUGAAAAAGGGUACUAGAGUUGGAGAAGGGGCUUUCAGGGAAGUUGCGGCUUACAUUUUAGAUCAUCCAGAGAGUGGACACAGAUCAUUGUUUGGUGGAAGUAAGGGCUUUGCUGGGGUCCCUCCCACAGUUAUGGUCAAGUGCUUGCACAAAGGUUUCAACCAUCCAGAGGGUGUAACCGUCAAGAUUGGGUCCCUGCAGAUGUUUAUGGAGAACAAUGGAAGCUGUGAGGAUAUGGGACCUGGGGCUUUUCCAUUGAAGGAAGUCCAUAAAAUCUCCGUGUUGGAUAUUAGGAUGGCCAACGCAGAUAGGCAUGCUGGGAAUAUUUUGUUGGACAAAGAUCAAGAAAAUGGCCAGACUGUGUUGAUUCCAAUUGAUCACGGAUAUUGUUUGCCUGAAAGUUUUGAAGAUUGCACAUUUGAAUGGCUUUAUUGGCCCCAAGCUCGUCAACCUUAUGACUCCAAGACUAUUGACUACAUAAAAUCACUGGAUGCUGAAGAGGAUAUUGCCCUUCUGAGGUUUCAUGGAUGGGACAUGCCAGUUGCAUGUGCACGCACUUUUCGCAUAUCCACCAUGCUCCUGAAGAAAGGAGUGGAGAGGGGUCUCACUCCUUUUGCCAUUGGAAGUAUAAUGUGCAGAGAGACAUUGAAGAAGGAAUCUGUUAUUGAGGAGAUUGUCCAAGAAGCACAGGAUUCCACACUUCCUGUAACAAGUGAAGCUGCAUUCCUUGAAACACUAUCACUUAUCAUGGAUCACCGCCUUGAUGAGAUUGCUGGAUCUGCCUCGAUAAAUUGCUGA